GUUUACAUUUGAUACCAACUUUAUAUCUGCUGGAUAUAUGUGGUUUCACAGUGCCCCCUGUUGGUUAUGUUUGGAGUUUGCAAAUUCUAAUAAGGUUCCUCCCACAGUUCAUUUUUUUUGUGAAUUGGUAUAUCUAAAAUUGCCCAUAGAGUGUGUGUAUGUGUGCUGCAAUAUGCUGUUAUCCCUUAUAUGUUCUGCACUAGAUUAAGAUAGACGGACGUAUUUUAUCUGCAUAUAGUUGGUUCAUGCAUAGCAGGAAAGUUAGGCCGCAGAUUUGCAUUUGGCGGGGGUGUUAUCCAUGGGCAUGUGGGUGGUGGGUGUGGCAAAGGAUGGGUGGGGAUUUGCCAGGGUGAAGUGAAUGACGUGCCAUGGAGAGGGUCAAACCAAGUAGACUAAAAUGUAAGAAAGCCUGAUCAAAAGGCAAGAGCUUUUAAUUUAAGUUGUAGUAGAUUGCGUGGCAUCAUAUUGAUUAUAAAUUGACUCCAGAGGAAGUCGAGAGAGAGAGAGAGAGAGAGAGGGCGCAGGAUAAUGGAGCCCAGCUCAGAAUUGCACAUCUACAGUGAGCUCAUCUCGCCCAGGGAGAAUGCAUUGCUUUUCGCCCUGAUGGGACCCACCUGCUCGGCAGUGGCAUGUGCUGUGGCCCAGGUGUAUGAAGCCCGCUCAGAAGCCAGCGCUGGGGGGCCCGCCUGGCGUUAUAAGGAUGGGGGGGUGAUGUGUCUGGUCAGGGAUCAGACACUGAGAUCCUGCUUCCUGCGCCUGUACAGCGUCAAGAGAGGAAAAUUGCUGUGGGAACAGGAGCUCUACACCACAUUCAAGUACUCUGCCCCCCGCCCCUUCUUCCACAGCUUCCUUGCAGAUGAUUGCCAAGCAGGUUUGAACUUCGCAGACGAGGCAGAAGCUGAAAGGUUUCGCAUCGCUGCGGACAUGCAGAUCCUACACAUGACGGAAAUGGCACGCGGGGCCAAACAGCUUGGACCCAGGACACAAAGUCUAGGCUCCUCUUCCAGCUGGUUCUUCAAGCAGACAUCAGUCCCAUCUGAUGUCAGCUGUCCCUCCACUACGAAGCAUUCCACCCCCGCAGAUUGGACCCACGACAAAGGCUUUGAUGUUAAUAAUCUGGAUCCAGCUCUGCAGAAGCUCUUUACAAAAGCAGGCAUUCGAGAGAAGCACCUACGGGACAGACACAGCUCCUGGCUCAUCCACAGCGUCAUCGAGCAGCACGGAGGCCUGGACGCUGUCAGGAAGGAGAUGCGACAUGGAGGACUUCCUGCACAGACCCUGCCCAGGAGCAGAGGCCCCCCCUCGGCACUGACCUUGAAGAAGGGACCACUGCCGCCCCUGCCCGCCAUGGCCGGGCCCCGUGCCACAGGGGCCCCAGGGUCAAUCCUACGCAGCCAAAGCAUCCAAGACUUAUCCCUGGGGUCUCGGGUGGGCCUAACCCUGCCCAUUCCCUUCAGCCUGGAGUCCUUGCCCCCGCCUCCUUCUGUACCCGCCCCCCAACUACCUGCGUCCUUUCUUGUUCAGACUGGGUCUCCACCUCCACUGCCCUUCCCUCUUAAGCCUUGUGUUUUAUCCCCCUUGGCGGGACUGCAAAGGUCUGUGUCCUUGGCGCAGCACACCAGGGAGGAUGGCAACCAGAAGCUGAUCACAGAUACAUACAGCAAGGAAAGAGACCCAUCUUCUACCAUGGGGACCGGUAGCGUGCUCAGUGCUUUGAAGAACGUCAUGAAGAUGCACCCUAUGUUAUUUGCAGAUGAGAAUGGUGAUGAGUCUAAAGAAGAUUGACACCACUAAGUUUCCACUAUAGACUCUGGAAGAAUUGUCUAAUAUAGGAAAAUGGCUUUUGCAAACUGUACCCAGAUGGAACUUUUCACCACACAAUGGGAGCUCAAAUGAAAAUCAUUUUAAAUCAAUAAUUAAUGGGACAUUAAAGCAACCUUCUUUUUAAAAUUUACAGAAGAAUUUUACACAGAAUGUAUUGUGACUGACUCUACAAAGUAAUUACCCAUUUUUUGCGUCUUAUGAUACCUUUCUGCAAUAUGGCAUUACACUGUAUAGACGUAGCGUGUUUAUACAUAAGAAUUAAGUCCUUUAAUGCUAUGUAGAAGUUUCUUGUCUUCAGCAUCACCUGUCAAGGGUCGAAGGCCCCUCCUAAUGUUGUUAACGUUAAAAACUGUUCUGUCCGCAUUCAUUAUAUUAUCGAAAUCCCUCGAUUUACAGUUUUAUAUCACAAUUUCGAAUUCUGGACCGAUUUCCACGAAUAAAAAUAAAACAUAUAUGA